AGGUAUAAAAACCAACUUGCACCCACCAAAUCUAUAGCAGUUCUCGUUUUAUCAUUAGCUAGGCAAGAUGAAGUUUCUGGUUUGCACUGUACUACUAGCAACCUCCACUCUCACUUUGGGCAAAAAAGAAGCUGUCCAAAGUACAAAAUCAAAAAGAGGUCUUAUCAGUCUUGGAGAUCUAGGUGGAGGUUCAGGUGGAUAUGGUGGUGGACAUGGAGGUGGAUUCUCAUCUGGAGGUUUUUCAGGAGGUCAUGGUGAUUUAUCAUCUAUAAGUUCAGGAUCUGGAGCUAUCUCCAGUGGAUACUCCAGCGGACAAGGCGGUUACAGUGGAGGUACUGGGGGUGGAUAUGGAAGUGGUUAUGGAUAUGGAGGUGGAUAUGGUGGUGGAUCUGGAGGGGGACUUGGUGGUGCUGAUCAAGGCAGAAUAACCCACAUCACUCUCCACAGAGAAAUUGCUGUUCCACACCCAGUUCCAGUACCAGUGAGAGUCGAAAAGAAGGUCCCGGUACCAGUCAAAGUGCCAGUCCCUGUUAAAGUAGACAAGCCAUAUCCAGUGCAUGUACCCAAGCCUUAUCCAGUGCCAGUAGAUAAACCAUAUCCAGUAAAAGUAAUCAAAAAUGUCCCAGUACCAGUUAGUGUACCCUAUAAAGUACCAGUUCCGGUUAAAGUACCAGUGCACGUUCCCAAACCCAUUCCAGUUCCAGUCCACAAACCCGUUCCAGUUCAUGUACCAGAAAUAAAUAUCGUCAAAAAGCUAGUACCAGUUAUUGUCGGUGGACAUGGAUAUGGUGGCGACACUGGUAGUGGACUUGGAGGUGGAUACGGAGGUAGCAUAGAUGGAGGACAUUUUGGAGGCGGCUACGAAAGUUUAGGAGGAGAUUUUGGAGGUAGUCACAUAUCCUUCAGUUCCGGAAGUGAUUUUGGUAGUCACUCUGGUAGUUUAGGAGGUGGUUAUUCAUCGGGUGGAUAUGGACACCAUUAACAACAAAGAAGGACAUAAAACUAAUUGUAAAUAAUUUUGUCUAAACAUUUAUUUCAUGUGUAUUAUCUCCUAUAAUACCCCUAUUUGUCUGUAUCGGUUAGUAGUCAAAAACUUGGUAAAAUAGCUUUAUCUUAGUGUAAAGAGUGUUUUGCAGAAGUUUUAUUACAUUACCAGAAUUCAAAACUUCAUCUCUUGUUGUUUACUGCUUAUCGAAUAUUUUGUAUAUAUAAUUUUUCAUUUAUAUCAGUAUUACUAAAUAAUAUAAAUAAUUCUUUCAAUGAUAAUAAUUAUUACCUGUGAUAUCAUCAGCUGUAUUUCCUAUCAUGGCAUUUUGUU